CCUGGCCCAGAGGCUGAUUUUCCUGUGUUUGUAGUGUGCUGUGAUUACCUGUGGCGCAGGUAAAUCCGCUCAGGCUCGUGGGGUGGCGCCGUUAUGUGCAAGUAUCUGCGAUUCCUUCCGCAACAGAAAGAAGGAAAAACUCUCCAGUACCUGCCUACACUUGCCGAUGCAUGGACAACACCCGUAAAACCAAUUAUUUCAUCCGUUUCACAAGUGUUUCCGAUACGUGAAACACUAUAUCCAGAGUCGUUUACGCUUUUGGAUAGAAAUAAGAAAUCGUAUCUAAGGUUAUAGGUGGAAUAUCAAAUGGACGACUAGUUAAAUCCUGGAGUUUCACCUGAAACUUGCGAGAUUUCCUCGAAGAGUCCACACGGGACUGAAAGUUACCCAGGGUGUGAAUACAGGAAGUACCUUGAAUUCAUCAUGGGGAGCAAAGAGAAAUAUCACUGGCAGACCCAGAAUGUGAAGGUCAGUGGUGUGGACGACAUGGUCCUCCUCUCCAAGAUCAGUGAAGAUGGCAUCACAGAUAACCUGAAGAAAAGAUACAUGGAUGACUUCAUUUUUACAUACAUUGGGUCUGUGCUGAUAUCAGUGAACCCUUUUAAACAGCUGCCAUAUUUCACAGAUCGUGAGAUUGAACUGUAUCAGGGAGCCGCGCAGUAUGAGAAUCCCCCCCACAUCUACGCUCUGGCCGACAAUAUGUACCGCAACAUGAUGAUUGACUCCGAGAACCAGUGUGUCAUUAUCAGCGGAGAGAGUGGAGCUGGAAAGACAGUGGCAGCCAAGUACAUUAUGAGCUACAUCUCCAAAGUCUCAGGAGGUGGACCUAAAGUUCAGCAUGUUAAAGAGAUAAUUCUCCAGUCUAACCCCCUCCUGGAGGCUUUUGGGAAUGCAAAAACCGUCCGCAACAACAACUCCAGUCGCUUUGGAAAAUAUUUUGAAAUUCAGUUCAGCCGAGGAGGAGAACCUGAUGGCGGAAAGAUCUCCAACUUCCUAUUGGAAAAAUCCAGAGUAGUGUCUCAGAACCAUGGGGAAAGGAAUUUCCAUAUAUAUUACCAGCUCUUGCAAGGAGCCACCAAGGAGCAGAGAGAGAAUUUAGGCGUCACUACCCCUGAUUACUACUUCUACUUAAACCAGUCUGACACAUACACCGUGGAGGACGUUAAUGACAAGAAGGAGUUUCAAGACACAAUGGCUGCCAUGUCGGUGGUCGGCCUGUCUUUGGAUGCACAGGACACUGUGCUGCAGAUUGUGGCAGGAAUCCUCCAUCUUGGCAACAUCACUUUCAGAGAGGAGGGCAACUAUGCUGUGGUGGAGAGUGAAGACUUCCUGGCAUUCCCGUCUUACCUGUUGGGAAUCAAUCAGGAUGGUCUAAAGAGCAAACUGACCAGUCGCAUCAUGGACAGCAAGUGGGGUGGCAAAACGGAGACUAUAUCUGUCACCUUGAACACGGAGCAGGCCUCCUUCACCCGAGACGCCCUGUCCAAAGCCCUGUAUUCUAGACUCUUUGACUACUUGGUUGAUACCAUAAACAAGGCAAUGCAGAAAGACCACGAGGAGUUCAACAUUGGAGUUCUGGACAUCUAUGGUUUUGAAAUUUUUCAGAAAAAUGGAUUUGAGCAAUUCUGCAUUAACUUUGUGAAUGAAAAACUGCAGCAGAUUUUUAUUGAGCUCACACUAAAAGCAGAGCAGGAAGAGUACGUACAGGAGGGAAUCAAAUGGACACCCAUUGAAUACUUUAACAACAAAGUUGUAUGUGAUUUAAUUGAGUCCAAACUGAAUCCUCCUGGCAUCAUGAGCAUCCUGGAUGAUGUGUGCGCCACCAUGCAUGCAAAAGGAGAGGGUGCAGAUCAGACCCUGUGUAUGAAGUGUGUGUCGUAUGAUGUGAGCGGCUUCUGUGAGAGAAACAGGGAUGUGCUGUUCAAUGACAUCAUCGAGCUCAUGCAGAGCAGUGAGUUCGCCUUCAUCAGAGAUUUGUUCCCAGAGAACCUUGAGGCUGAGAAACGGGGCCGUCCCACCACUGCAGGUUCAAAGAUUAAGAAACAGGCAAAUAAUCUGGUCCAGACAUUAAUGAAAUGCACCCCUCACUAUAUUCGAUGCAUCAAGCCCAAUGAGACCAAAAAGCCUCGCGACUGGGAGGAAAGCCGCGCCAAACACCAAGUAGAAUAUCUGGGACUGCGGGAGAACAUCCGGGUUCGCAGGGCUGGCUAUGCCUUCCGACGCGUCUUCAAGAAAUUCCUGCAAAGAUAUGCCAUCUUGACCAAAGAAACAUGGCCUCAGUGGAGAGGGGAUGAGAAACAGGGUGUCUUGCACCUUUUAAAAUCUGUCAACAUGGACUCAGACCAGUACCAGCUGGGCAAAACCAAAAUCUUCAUCAAGGCCCCAGAAUCUUUGUUCCUGCUGGAGGAGAUGAGGGAAAGGAAAUACAACGGAUAUGCUCGGGUAAUCCAGCAAGCCUGGCGCAAACACAUCGCUGUGCGCAAGUACGUCCGGAUGCGAGAGGAAGCCUCUGAUCUCUUGCUGAACAAGAAGGAGAGACGAAAGAACAGUCUGAACCGCAAUUUCAUGGGAGACUACAUUGGCAUGGACAACCAUCCAGAGAUUCGACAGUUCUUGGGUCGUAGGGAGAGGGUUGAUUUUGCUGACGUGGUGGUCAAAUAUGACCGCAGAUUUAAGACUGUCAAGCGUGACCUCAUUCUCACCCCAAAGUUCCUCUAUUUGAUUGGACGUGAGAAGGUGAAACAGGGUCCUGAGAAAGGCCAGAUUCGGGAGGUCUUGAAGAGAAAAAUAGAGGUGGAAAAGAUCCAGUCUGUCUCUCUUAGCACUUUACAGGAUGACCUCUUCAUAUUGCACGAGGAUCAAUACGACAGUGUGCUGCAGUCUGUCUUUAAAACCGAGUUCCUCAGUCUUCUGUUCAAGCGUUACGAGGAAAAAACACAGAAAAAGCUGCCGCUGAAGUUUAACAACCUACUUGAAUUUAAGGUGAAGAAAGGAGGAUGGGGUCCAUUUUCAUCUGCUGGCUCUCGACAGAUCCAGUUUCAGAUGGGUCAGGGUGAUGAAGCAGUUCUGAAGCCCAGCAGCAAAGUCCUGACUGUCAGUAUUGGACCCGGUCUGCCUAAAAACGCAAGACCCACUCGCCGUGACAACCGAAAAAGCAGGUACAUAGGGAACCAAAAUCGCAAUGUAGGCCAGUAUUCACGUGAGCCUCCUAAGUCUGAUCGUCGAGGAAGAGGAACCCAGGGGCAGCAUGCAGGUAGAAACUCUCUGCUCCGCCAGCAGUCCAGUAUGGAUCAGCCCACCCUUCCCAGACUCCGGGGAUCUAGCCGCAGUCAACGCGAGAGCCAGACCUACGCUGAUAUGGGCUUCAUGAAUGUUCCUGAUCAGGGCGUGGCUGGAAUGCAUCGCAGACGUUCAAAAGAGUGCAAGCCUCUUCCAGGUUCAGGGGGACCCAAACCCAAACCCAGACCCCGCACACCACAGUGCAGAGCAAUCUACGCUUAUGAUGCUCAGGACACAGAUGAACUCAGCUUUCAAGCAGAUGAUAUCAUAGAAAUCACAUAUGAAGAUCCUUCAGGUUGGUGGAAAGGCUGUCUUCGAGGGAAGGAAGGCAUGUUUCCUGGCAACUACGUCGAGAAGAUCUAAACCGGCAUGCUAUUAGACAGAAUGUGAUUCACUGCAGAAAUUCUAUCACGAAGAACAAAGCAUCAGCGUUAUAUCAAAGCCACUUUGUGCCGAAUCAUAUCCCCAAGAUCACUGAUGUUUACUACACAGGGUGCAAAAGGUGCCACCCUGACAAAGAUGUGUUGCUAACUUGCUACAUUAGACCACCUACAUAAAUCAGAUGACAUUUUUUAAUUUUUUUAAUAGAAAGUAAUGUUAGACGUAACUAGAAAAAAAACUAUAAUGCUGUUUCACCAUGUUAC